AUGAGAUUUCGUAAUAAUGUGAUUCUCCUUGAAAACCCAGAAUCAUCAAACAUUGACUUCAAUUUCUGCCACAAAUCCUUAGUACUUUUAGCUUCCUUAAUGUGUACAUAUAAUGAUGGAUCUAUCGUUAGAAUUAACUUGGCUUUGGCCUUGGCAUCUUCUGCUGCGCUUGCUGCUGUGGCUGCUUGUGGUUUCUCUUGCUUUAUGCAAUCAGCCACACCCUCCAGAAUGAGCAAAUUCUCCACCGCAAACGCCCAGUCGUCAUAA